AUGUCGAGCGAAAGGAAAGGCAAAGGUCGCCAAAGGAUUCAGAUGAAAAAGAUGAGCAACGAGAGCCACCUGCAAGUAACUUUCUCAAAGCGUCGCAGCGGGCUCUUCAAGAAAGCUAGUGAGCUUUGUACCCUUUGUGGUGUAGAUGUUGCACUCAUUGUAUUCUCACCUAGUGGGAAGGCAUUUUCCUUUGGUCACCCUAAUAUUGAUACGGUCAUAGAUCGCUAUCUCUCUCGGGUCCCACUUCAACCCACCACCACCAUGCAAUUCAUUGAGGCUCACCGCAACGCCAACUUGUGUGAGCUCAAUGCUCAAUUAACUGAAAUCAACAACAUGUUGGACAAUGAGAAGAAACGCAGUGAUGAGCUGAGCCUUUUGCGCAAGGUGACUGAGGCUCAAUUUUGGUGGGCUUGUCCAAUUGAUGGGAUGAAUAGGGCUGAACUUGAAUUCCUCAAGAUGGCUUUGUUGGAGCUUAAGAAACUUGUUGCACAACAUGUUAAUGAGCUUGCAAUUCAGGGUGCUCCUACUCAAACGCUUCCACUUUUUGUUGGAAAUGCUUCAUCCUCUAACAUCCCUCUCUAUCACCAGUCAAAUCCUCAACAUGCUCAAGUGUUUUCACCACAAGUUUUUCAGAACCCUAUGUUGGAGCCUCAUUUAUUUGGCUUCAACAAUAUGGGAGGAGGAGGAAGAUAUGGACCACCACCACCUAGUUUCUUUUGA